CGGGUGCAAAACAAGACAUCUGUCUACUUUGUCUGUCUGUCUGUCUGUCUAUUGUUUACUUUCUCAUCGGCUAGAGAGAAAUAUCGAAUAUUUAGAGUAAACUAUACACUAUUAAAAUAUAUAAGAGAUGCAGUUUGGACAGCUUGUAAUUGGCCCACCUGGAUCAGGAAAAACUGCUUACUGCAAAGGAAUGAGUGAAUUUUUAAGGGGAGUUGGAAGAAGAGUUGCAGUAGUAAAUCUUGAUCCUGCUAAUGAUGUUCUUCCAUAUGAAGCAAAUGUUGAUGUCUCUGAUUUAAUCACUGUAGAAAAUGUGAUGCAACGUGUGAAACUUGGACCAAAUGGAGGCUUAAUUUAUUGUAUGGAAUUUCUGGAAAAGAAAAUUGAUUGGCUUUUAGAUGAACUCAAAAAAUUUAGUGAUUGUUAUUUUUUAUUUGAUUGUCCUGGCCAGGUUGAACUUUACACUCACCAUAAGUCUAUGCAAAGGAUUGUGUCAUUUUUACAGAAGUCAGGCUUCAUGUUAUCAGCAGUUCAUUUAGUUGAUUCGCAUUAUUGUUGUGAUCCUGCUAAAUUCGUUUCAGUUCUGCUCACUUCACUUUCAACUAUGUUACAAAUGGAAAUGCCACAUGUGAAUGUUCUUUCAAAAGUUGACCUGAUUGAGAAACAAGGAAAACUUCAUUUUAAUCUUGAUUUCUACACUGAAGUCCUGGAUCUAUCAGAAUUAGUUGCAUUACUUUCGGAUGAUCCAUUUCUGGCUAAGUACAAGAAGUUGAAUGAAUCACUAAUGCAACUUAUUGAAAAUUACAGCCUUGUAUCAUUCCAUUUGUUAACAGUAAAGAGUAAAGAAAGCAUGUUCAAAGUACUUCAGGCUGCAGAUAAAGCUAAUGGUUAUGUAUUUGGAAUUAAUGAAGAGAACAGAAAUAUUCAGAAUCUCUUAUCCUGCGCUAUGAGUGCAGAUUUUGAAGAUACAAAAAUAGCAGAUAUAAGAGAAAAGUAUGUCUCUACAGAGCCUGAUAAUUCUGAAGGUUACGUGUCACAAGGCAGGUAAUAUUAGAACAAAAUAAUGUGUAAAACCUAAUGUAUUGUAAAAAUAUUUAAGGAUACUUGAAGUAGAAAACUGUAUAGAAAAUAUGUAAUGAUCUGACACAGCAUUUGUGUUUCUCUGAAUUGUAUUUAAAAUUUUUAAAUUAUGGUUUUAAAAUAAAAUCAUUUAUGAAAUCUUG